AUGAAGUAUCUCGGCCUGAUUCUCGACGGCCGAUGGAGUUUCAGGAGCCACUUUGCCGGUGCCGCGAAGAGGGCAUGGGGGCGAGCGGCCAAGCUAGGCCGUCUCCUCCCCAACCUCGGCGGACCAGACGGCAAGGUGCGCCGGUUGUACGCAAAUACCGUAAAAUCGGUAGCGCUCUAUGGGGCCCCUGUUUGGGCCCCUCAACUCGCGGCAUCGAGGCACGCGCGAGCCAGCAUGGCCCGCGCCUUUCGCCCGAUUGCCGCGAGAAUUAGUAGGGCCUACCGCACGGUUGCGUACAACGCGGCGGCGGUGAUCGCCGGCCUCCCCCCGACGGAGUACGCGGCAGAGGAACAUUAUAAUAUGUUCCUCGAAAGCCGCGACUCCGGGGGGAGACCGAUUCGAUGGACGGCGAACCACCGUGCUCGGAGGAGACUCCAGCACCGGCGGCGCGCAAUCGCCAAGUGGCGAGAGGCGUUAGUGGCCUCGGGGGACACCACCCCGGGGCUCCGCGUCGUCGGUGCAAUCGGGCCCCUCCUCGACCAGUGGGUCGAUAGAGGGUGGGGCGGGUUGUCCUUCCGAAUGACGCAGGUGUUGACCGGGCAUGGAUGCUUUGGUCACUACCUGAGUCGUAUCGGAAAGGAGCAGAGCUCCGGCUGCCACCAUUGUGCGGCCGAAAACGACACCGCCCAGCAUACGCUGGGCGAGUGUCCGGCGUGGGCGCGCGAGCGGGAGGCGCUCACCCGCAUCGUGGGGCAGGAUCUCUCCUUUCCGGCGGUGAUCACCGCGAUACUGGAAGAGGAGAGGUCCUG